AUGGCGCAGCAAAUAAUUGAGCUGUAUCGAGAAAAACUGAGGUGUUCCAUCUGUCUACAACUUCUAAAGGAUCCAGUCACUAUUCCCUGUGGGCACAGCUACUGCAUGACCUGUAUCGAAACCUGCUGGAAUGAGAAGGAAACCCACAGCUGUCCUCAGUGCAGGCAGACUUUCAAAUCGCAGCCUGUCCUGGUGAAAAACAUAAUUUUAGGUGAGCUAGUGGAAGAUCUAAAAGCAGGACUCACAUCUGCUUCAUCUGGUCAUGCCUAUGCUGGACCUGGAGAUGUGGCCUGUGAUUUCUGUUCUGGAAGGAAGCGGAAAGCCUCCAAGUCCUGCCUGGUGUGUAUGGCCUCUUAUUGUGAGCAUCACCUUCAGCCUCACUACAACGUAGCUCCAUUAAAGAAACACAAGCUCAUCAAUGAUGCUUCAAAGCUUCAGGAGAACUUCUGCCCUCGCCAUGAUGAGGUGAUGAAGAUCUUCUGCUGCACUGAUCAGCAGUGUAUCUGUUUUCUUUGUUUAAUGGAUGAACACAAAGACCAUGUCACAGUGUCAGCUGCAGCAGAAAGAGCCGAGAAACAGAAAGAUCUUGAAACAAAUCGACAAAAUGUCCAACAGAGAAUCCAGGACAGAGAGAAAGAUGUGAAGGUGCUCCAAGAGGAAGUUGAGGCUAUAAGUCUUUCUACUGAUAAAGCUUUGAGGCAAAGUGCGAAGAUGUUCAAAGAUUUGAUCAGUCUCAUUGAGAAAAAAAGCUCUGAGGUGAAGCAGAAGAUCAGAUCCAAGCAAAAAUCUGAACAGAACAGAGUCAAAGAGCUUCAGGAGAAAAUAGAGCAGGAGAUCAGAGAUCUGAGG